AUGGCUCCAUUGCAACAGGUAGACAGACACGGAGGUCCAACCAAGUGUUUUGGUGAAUUCCAAAGAGUGGUGGAGUGUAUGACUAACGCUAAGCACACCACGUUCGAGCCAUGCCAGUUACUCAAGGAUGAUUACAUUGAAUGCAGAAAGACGAGAAUAGAAAGAUACAAGGUGUUUUUGAUGGAGAAGCAGAUCGAGGAGUCCGGCAAGAACAAGGAGGAAGUUGGUGCUCCAUUUGUCAAGAAGAAGCAGUACCUCACACCCAAGACUUUGGGACUGGUGGAUGGUGAUGACCACUCCAUCAAGUAUGAGAGAUAUUGA